UUCAAAUACAAACAUGUUUUUAACCAUAUUGGUGCAUGGUGCUGCAACAACGAGCUGUUUGGAAGCCAGGGGUACACCACCCAGGAUCACCAUUCCCCAGGGUAACAACUGGCCUAAAACCCUCGAGUACAUCCGUAAUGGGCACAACCGGACGUUUUCUUGUGUAGCCACUGGUUCUGGAAUCCUCAAGUAUGCAUGGAGAUUCAAUGGAGAAAAGUUAAGUGAUCGCGAGAAAGAAGCUAGAUUUGACGCCAAAACAGGAUCUCUGUUUAUUGGAGAGUAUUUUAACGAGCAACUGACCGGAGACUAUCAGUGUGUUGUAUCCAAUGAUUACGGCUUGUCCAUGACACCAUACUUACGUAUUGCAGCAACAGUAUCCAAUCCGUUUCCGGAUUGGGGUGGCACAUCCCCAGACAAUGUGGAGGCGUAUUGGAGUUAUUACCUGAAGAUGGACUGUAUCAAUGUCCCUAAGAGUGUACCUCCAGCUAAAUUCAACUGGCGAAAAGGAAUAUAGUUUCCAACACUUUGUCAGAUACCAGCCCAGUAAGCAUUGGAGAACGAAUGAUCAUUGACCCCAAAG